AUGUCUGUCUAUUGUGGAAAGACUCACGUGAAUGCUCAAAUAGAUCAAGGUGCUGCUGAAAAGGUUGUAAUGAGCCUAGUAAAAGAUCUACUAGAUGACAACAGAAUUCUUUACACGGAUAAUUACUACACGAGUAUCCCACUUGCCUAUAGGCUCAAGCAUAGAAAGACAAAUUUGGUGGGCACGUUGAGACUCAAUAGAAAGCAUUUGCCAAAAGAUUUAGUCACACAAAAACUGAAGAAAGGAGAAAUAAUAGCGAAGGAAACGACAGACGGAAAAAUUGGCGUGACGAAAUGGAAAGAUAAGAGAGUCGUUACAACUUUGAGCACUGUUAAUUCGGCGAAGAAAAUGACAGCAGUAAAAACAAAAAGAGGACAAGUUAUUUUCAAACCGGAUUAUGUUGUUGAUUACAAUACUGGCAAGUCAUCAAUAGACGUCAGUGACCAAAUGGCUUCAUAUGCAUCAGCUUUGAGGCGAUGUACUAAAUUGUACAGGAAGCUAGCAAUGGAGUUUAUUUGGGGUACGAGUUUGGUAAAUGCCUACUUUCUUUAUAAUGAGUGUUCUCGAAACAAGAAAAUUACUAUAAUGGAGUUUCGUGAAAAAGUUAUCGAAGGAUUGAUUGAUAAAUUUGUGGAUCAAUCAUCAGGAAACCAACCACCUUCAAUCUGCAGAGAAGCUGCUGGGAGCAGCAGAGGAGCUGCUGGAAGCAGCAAAGAAACUAUUGGAUCCAGCAACAAGCACCUUUUGGUGAAUUUCCUAGUUGGCAGACCGCCAAAAUUGAAGCGUGGCCGAUGCAAAGCCUGCUAUGCCAUUUAUGGAAAGAAGGGGAUGGAAGUUGGUGGGAAGAGGAAGUACGCCACCCAAGUGCAAACUAUUUGUAAUAUUUGCAAAUCAUUUUACUGCCGUAAUUGUUUUAAUCUAGCACAUAAGUAA